AGCGAGCGGGAGGUUGCCGCUUGGUUCAAACGGAAGCUCUAGCAAAGUCCAGCGAAGGGAGGGGCGUGGUUUGAGGCUCCGCCCAUCGCGCUCCAGUCAGACCAGAACACAGUCAAACCCCGGGAGAACAUACCAGAAACCCCGAUCAGACACACACACAGCCGCCAAAGCCAUGCAUCCAGCAGCUGCUAAGUGGUACGACAGACGGGACUGUGUCUUCAUUGAGUUUUUGGUGGAGGACAGCAAGGAUGUGAAUGUGAAUUUUGAAAAGUCCAAAUUUGGUUUCAGCUGUCUCAGUGGGACGGAUAACAUGAAGUACUCAAAUGAAAUUGACCUUUUUGAUUCCAUCGAUCAAGAUGGGUCCAAACACAGGCGUACAGACCGGUCGAUCUUGUGCUGUUUACGGAAAGCGGCGUCAGGGAAAUCCUGGCCCAGGUUAACAAAAGACAAAGCAAAGCUCAACUGGCUUAGUGUUGACUUCAACAACUGGAAAGACUGGGAGGAUGAUUCAGAGGAAGAUUUGUCCAACUAUGAUCGCUUUUCAGAGAUGAUGGGCAACAUGGGAGGAGAAGAUGAUUUACCUGACCUAGAUGGAGCAGAUGAUGAAUCAGCUGAUAGUGAUGAAGAAAAAAUGCCAGAUCUGGAAUAAGCGACUGGCACGUUGUGGACAGAGAGAGGAGGAGAGGGGGAUGACCUAAUGAAAAGAGGAAGCUGUCACCUAAAUGCUACUUGAUCUGAAAGAGAGCAAAGCUGGAUUCAGUGAGACCGUUGAGUUCAUGAGCAUCAGCUCUGUCCCAGUGGCUGCACUCCAGAAGAUCGUCAUAAACCUCUGCUGGGAGUUAAUAUGCAUAUUGUUGUACAGAGCUUCGUUGUCCCUCUCCUUAUGACCAGUCCUGGCUUUUUUUUUUUUUUAUCUGUGCUAAAAACAUGUAUACUUAAACUGUUUGGAAAAACUGCACUGUAUUCAUAUUUUUUUCAACUGAAAAGCAAUAGAUGUGAUGGAAAGUUUCUUUUUUUUUUGUAAGGCAUUGAAAUUAAAAUGAAAUGUUAAACUUUGCAGAGGUGGAGAGAGUUUGUGUCUUGCAAAUCCUGUGAUUAAAGCAUAAGAAUGAUUAUGGAUUUUGGAAACUGUAAGUUCCAGUUAUUAGACAUAAGACUCACUGCGCUAAUAUACAGUACUUCUUUUCAUAUGUCUCUUGAGGUGGUACCAGAUUUGUUGGAUGUUGAUAUUUUCUGACUCUCCAAAAUGAUCAAUUUCCCCAAAGUCUAUAUUAGCACUGUAUUUGGUAUUGGACCAUUAAUGUCUUUCCUAUUGUGACUGCAGCAUGAUGUUUGAUGUCUUCAAAUGUAAAAGAUGGGAAAACAGAAAGGUAUUGUAUGUUUCCAAUCAAAUUUAAAACAAAAAGACUAAAUAAGUUUUCACUAUCAAAAUUUAGGUGCUAGACAGGGCUAUGUGUGUGCAUAUUGCUAGACACCUAUCAAUGUUUUCAAAAGAAAAAAGCUUUCGAUUUUAUCUACAUAUUUCUAAUAAACUACUCAAUGCUU